UCACACUGGAAACGACGCUGAAACGACGUCGAAGUUUUGGACGAAUAAAAUAAUGCUGAAAUUGAAAGCAGCAGCCGAAAAACAAUUGCAAUGUGUGCAAAUGCAAGCAAUCAAUAUGUGUUUAUUAACAAAGUGCGUGUGUUAAGCAAAAAGUGCGAUCUGUAGGCGUGUAGCAGUGCAAUCGCAGCCAGGCAAGAGAGAGCCAGUGCCCAAAGCCAAAGCUUGCUACACACACACUCUCACACACCUCCCACACAAACACACACACACGCACACGCACACUGAACAUGGAAUCGUCCAUUAAGCUUAAGGAGUGCAACAGCUCAAAUGGCAAUACGAAUCAGAGCCUCAAUCAGAAUCAACUGUGCAAUGGCAACAGCAACAGCAACAGCAGCUGCACCGGAAGCACCAGCAAUGGGGUGUCCGUUAGCAUUUGCAGCAGCGACAGCUUUAGCAGCAUGAUGCCGCCGCCGGCAACGCCGCGCGACCACGAGCUGGUCAGCGCCAACAGCAUCGAGCUGAAUGCUGCCGCAUCGCUGAGCGAUGACAGCGGCGUUCCAUUGACCACCAACAGUUCCAUAUCCAGCGGCGAUUCCUAUCGCAUUGGCAUGUGCAAAUUCGAGAUUGAGAUGGUGGAAAGCGAUGGCGAGGUCUCGCAGUUUGAUUCGCUGGACAACUGCUCGGAGGGUGGCAUGAGCGCGGAGAACUUUAAUACGCUUAAAAAGGGGCCACUGGCACCGAUUGAUCCACCGCCCGAAUUUCAGGAUUCGCCGCAAACGACCCUGGUGCGCUCCAUCUCCAAGAACAUUGUGAACAGCCUGCGCCGCUGGACCUCAUCGCAAUCAUCGUUCGAACAUCUGAAGGAUGAUGUGACCAUGGUCAGUGCAGCGGUGGCCAGCGGCGCAGCCAGCCAGGAGCUGGUCCUGCUGCUGGCCAAGCCGACGGCGGACAACAGCAGCAGGCUGUUGGGCAGCGAUGCCGCUGCCGUGGUGGUCAGCACACAGCCCGGGGCAACGGUGUGCGGGAUGCUCUGCCAGGAGCGAACGCUCAAGGAAUCGUAUGCCAUUAACAAGCAUUUAUAUUCAAGCGAUUCCAUACUGAACAGCCAUACGGACAACAUAUACGACGAGCCCAACAACAUAAUAAGCAGCUCGCUGGGCAACAGCAUCGAUCUGCUGGACGAAGAUGAUGAUGACGACGAAGAUGACGAUGACGAGGACGAGGAGGACAAUGAGGCUGCCUCCGAGCAGAGCAGUUGUUCGCCAUCGCUGCCAUCGCCGCCGCCGCCCGUUUCCAUAAUUAAAAUCAAACAGACCUUGUGCCCCUACUAUCAGGAUCAUACGCGCUACUUCAAGGCGAUACCCACGGAACAGGAUAGCAUUGCCAGCGCCAAGGCGGCGGCGGCACAGCAGCGCUUCAAUACCGCCGGCCUCUCCGAGAUACACGACUAUGAUCUGUAUUAUGGCGGGCGUGGCAGGCAGCCGGCGCUGCAGCCGCAGGACAACAGCAGCCUGCAGCGGCGACAGUUGCUAUACAGCCCGUUGGGCCAUACCAGCCAUUGCCACUAUCACUCGCAUCAUGCGCACUACCAUCAUCAUCCUCAUGGAGCUCAUCAUCAUCAGCAUCAUGGACACUAUCAGCAUGGCCAGCGGCCCAAUUCACGCAACUCGCUCAACAGCCGGCUGAGCAGCUCGCACAAUUCGCUGAAUGUCUCGUCGGCCAAUAAGCCGGACGAUUCCAUCUUCAUCACGCAGGCGAUGUCGCAUGAUGCGCUCUUCACGCGCGAAAUUUCCGAUUUCUAUAAUGUGCCCAUCGAUUCGGAUAUUUAUGCGUUUCCCGUCGACAUGAUCGAACAGCAGCUGGAGAAGCAGCAGCUGGAGCAGCAGCAGCUGGAGAAGGAGAAGCAACAGCAGCAGCAACAGCAGCUGGAGAAGCAACAGCAGGUGGCCAACAAACAUCCGGCGGGCUAUCACAAGGCCGCCAGCAGGCGCAACAAACGCAACAAGCGCAAACAACGCUACGCGGCGGGCGCUGCGGCGCCAGAGACCAGCGACGAUGGCGGCGACAAGGCGGGCAAGCAUGGCAAAUAUCGGACGCCUGUGGUGCAGACUGGUGAAACGGAGCCGCUGCACAUGACGCUCGACGAGGUGAAACAGUUCUAUCACACGCUCUAUUCCGAUGCGGGCAAAUCCUCCUGGUGCGCCGGUGGCGUCGGCGGCGGCGGCAACAACAAAAUGCCAAACACAGCGGCUGGCAGCGGCAAAGCGAUGGGCGUUAAGUCCAGCAACGAGACCAUCUGGAGCGUGUCCACGAAUGCGACCAAUACCACAAACACAACCACAACGACGGCGCGCACGCGCAGCAGCGCGGGCACCAAUCGGGGUGGUGGUGGUGCUGACAGCGCCGCCAAAUAUCUGAGCAAGCAGAGCAAACAUAAUAUCGACAAUGAUAAGCUGAACAACAACAACAAUAACAACAACAACAGCAGCAGCAAUUAUGCACAGCAGCAACAACAACCCGCACCAGCAGCAGCAGCAGCAACUGCCGCCACGAACAGCACUUUAAGCGGCGGCGGCGGCGGCGGCGGCACCACGACGACGACAACCAUCAGCACACAGGUGCCCAGCUCGUCGGACAAGCUGCUGGCAUCGGAUCAACAGCAACAGCAACAGCAGCAGCAGCCCAACAACAACAAACAUCUGCUGCAGACGGAAAAGAAGUCACAAUUCUCGCUUAACCUCAAGCAAAAGUUCUGCAGCAUCUUUCGCUUUCGGCGCAGCAAUCACAGUCGUUGUCGCGCCAAUGCGGCGGCAGCAGCAGCAGCAGCAACAGCAGCAGCAGCAGCUGCUGCGGCGGCGGCCAAUGCCACAGCUGUCAAUGCCACGUCGUCAACAACAGCGACGGCAAAUUGUGCGUCGAAUCUAACGGAUGCGGAGGAGACGAACAAUUGCCUCAAUCGCAGCGAGCCAAGCGCUGAUCUACGCAAGAAGUUUCAGUCGCGUGCGCUGCCGCCAUUGCCAAAGAAAGCUUAUGCCAUUGACGCCGCCGAAACGGAGCCGGAGGAGCAAAAGAAGAGCGCCGGAGCCCAAGAGCCACGUGCCCUACAGUUUACCUCAAGCAUUGAGAAAGUCAAAGAUUACGGCUGGUAUUGGGGUCCAUUGUCCAGCGAGGCCGCCGAAAAGGUGCUCUCCAAUGAGCCGGAUGGCUCGUUCAUUGUCCGCGACAGCUCCGAUGAUCAUUACAUAUUCUCGUUGAGCUUCAAGCUAAACAACUGCGUGCGCCAUGUGCGCAUCGAACAGGAUCAGGGCACAUUUUCGUUUGGCUCGUAUGCCAAGUUCAAAUCCCAAACUAUAACCGAGUUCAUUGAGAAGGCGGUUGAACAUUCGCGCAGCGGCAGAUAUUUGUUCUUCCUGCAUCGUCGACCGGAACAUGGACCAAUGCGCGUGCAAUUAACCAAUCCAGUAUCUAGAUUUAAGCAUGUACAAAGCUUGCAGCAUAUGUGCAGAUUUGUUAUACUCAAGGCGGUUAUACGAAAGGAUCUAAUACAGACAUUGCCAUUACCAAGAAGACUUCUAGACUAUCUUAACUAUAAGCAUUGCUACUCCGAGCAGGUGGAGAGCGACAGUUCGCACUCGCAGAUAUCUGGCGAUGGCUCCAUGUAAAAUUUAGCAAGGCAAUUUGACGACAAUGAAAUUUAACGAUGCGACAGUGAAAGGCGAAAGCAACAGAAAUUAUUAUAUAAUAUAAGUAGUAGAAUUUAACAAAUCGAACAGAUAAGCAAAUGAGAAAGCAAAGCGACAACAAAGUCAGUUAAAAACGUUGUGAGAACAAGAAGAAGCAACAGCAGCAACAAAUAAUUAAAUGCGAAUUGUUGAUAGGAAAAAGAAAGAAACAAACAAAAGGAAGUAAAGAAAGGGAAAUUCAAAACUAUGUUUAUUGAUCAUUUUUGUACUCGGUGCUAUACUAUAAUUAUAAACUAAUUAAUGAAAAGUAAAAGCAAAACAAAACAAAACAAAAAAAAAAACAUAUUAUAUAUUGAUAUGCGUAGUCAAGUAAAACAACAACAACAAUAAGAAGAACAGCAAUAGCAACUGUAAACAAACAGAUGUAUAUAAUUAUGCAUAACUAGAAUGGAUAAUAGAUAACAAAUAAUAAUAAUAAUAACAACAAUAAUAUUAAUAAUUAUAAUAAUAACAAUAACAAUAACAAUUUACACAGCCAGCUCCAGACUUUGUGCACGAUGCAUUUUGCGAGCGCGUUGAAUUCUGAUUUGAAGAAUUCUGUGAAUGAAACAAACUUUAAAUAUGCUUGCCUUUUAGCUGUGAUUUUUUCCCCCUUCCUCAAUUAUAAUCAUAUAUAAGCUAUAUGUAUAAGAUGUUUUCCAAAAGUCGAUCGACUGAUCAUGUUUUCAUUUGCAUAAUGGCUACAAAUCGAUAUGUUUAACUGUAAAUUUGCUCAAGUCCUUGAAACGAUACAACGAAAUCAAUAAAUAGAAAAGAAAA